AUGAAACGAAAACGAAGCUUUUCGUUUCUCGAGGAGCAGCCGAUCGCCGCGGCUUCGCUGGCGCAGGUGCACCGCGGGUGGCUCGCCGACGGCACCCAGGUGGCCGUCAAGGUCCAAUACCCCGAUUUCGAGCGGCUCACGUGGGGCGACCUGUUUUCCAUCGAAGCUGCCGCGCAAGCCAUUGCCUGGUUUUUCCCGGAUUUCCAGUUCUCGUGGGUGGUCGGUGAGUUCGAGAAGAACCUCGAGAUGGAGAUGGAUUUCGUGAACGAGGCGAAGAAUGCCGAGCGCAUUGCCCACAAUUUUGCGCACAACAAACAAAUCUACGUUCCCAAGAUCUACUGGAACAUGACGCGGAGGAAGGUGCUGUGCAUGGAGUUCAUCCACGGGGCCAAGAUCACGGACGUUCCCAAGCUCGACCAGAUGGGCAUCAACAAGCGCGAGGUGGCCCAGCUCCUGCACGAGCUAUUCUGCGAACAGAUCUUCGUCCACGGAUUCAUCCACAGUGAUCCCCACCCGGGCAAUAUUCUGAUUCGUCACCUGCCAUCUUCGCCCACCCACCCGCAAUUGGUGCUUCUCGACCACGGCCUCUACCGCACCCUCGACGAACAGUUCAGGCUGGACUACUGUCAUUUGUGGAAGGCCAUCUUCACGGGCAACAGAGAGGCGGUGGAGAAGUACUCGCGGCGUAUGGGCGCCGGCGAACACCACGAAAUCUUUUCGGUCAUCCUCACCUUCCGUCCCCUCGACACCGGGAAAACGGGGCCGGCGCUGGUGAAGGACAGCGAGAUGAGUGUGGCGCAGGUGCGCCUGAUUCGCUCGCAGAUGCGCGAGCGCAAUUUCCAAACGGUCCUCUCCGAGCUCCUCGAGAACAUGGACCGCCAGCUUCUCCUCGUCCUCCGCACCAACAACUUGAUUCGGUCCAUUAUCAAGGACCUGGAGGAAGGCGGGUCUGUUGAUCGGUUCCUGGUGAUGGCGCGCUACGCCAUUCGCGGGCUCUACCACCGCCACGACAACUCGCUGUCGCUGCCACGGCGGUUGCGGGGCGUGGUGGAGUCAACCAAGUUCGAGGCGCGGCUGCAGAUCCUGUCGCUGGUCAUCCACCUCUACCAGUGGUGGACGCGGGUGGUGUCGUGGUUCUACUCCUUCCCCGCCUCCCCCGUCCCAGUCCUGGACUCCUGA